AUGGCGUCCCUCAAUCUCUCCAUCAAUGGCCCGUCCAUCAAGAGCAGCUACAAUGGCGUCGUCAACGGUCCCCCGCCAUCCUCCGCCUCUCCCACCUACGCUCAUUGGGCCCUCUUCACUGUCCAGGCCCCUCUUAUGAAUGCUUUCCAGGACAGCGGCGCCAAGGAGAGCAUCCUUAAGGUCCAAAGCACAGGCGAUGGCGAGCUCGCCGACCUCAUUGAGGACUUUAGCGAAGGUCGCAUCCAAUUCGCAUUCGCAAAGGUCAAGGACCCCAACAGCGGUCUCCCCAAGAGCAUAUUGAUCGCAUGGUGUGGAGGAGGUGUUCCCGAACGAACCAAGGGCUAUUUCACCAGCCACCUUGCCGCGGUCUCAAAGGUCCUCCACGGAUACCAUGUCCAGAUCACCGCCCGCUCAGAAAGCGAUCUCGAGGUUGACUCCAUCAUGCGAAAGGUGGCCGAUGCUUCCGGCGCCAAGUACUCGGCGGGCAGCUCCGAGAACACUGGUUCUAGCGCUCCUCCUCCUCCCGUGAAGACCAAGCCUGUCUUCACUCCAACCACAUCCAGCCGCGCCAACCCAACCGUCGCUGCUCGGUCCAGAAGGGACGAAAACGUGGAUGAGGACGGCUGGGGUGCCGAUGCUCCCCCGAUCACAAGGACUCAGAUUGAGAAAGUUGAGUCCGCUUACAAGCCCACAAGGGUAAAUAUUGCCGAUCUCAGCAAGCAACCUACCGCAACAACCAGCGGCAGUGCCCCUGUGAAGCGAGACGAUACACCAGACGACGUGGUCAAGGGUGGUUACCAACCCGUUGGCAAGGUCGAUAUUGCAGCUCUCCGUGCUCAAGCCCAAAAAGACAAGGAUGACAGGCCAGCCCCAGUCAAGGGCUCCUACGAGCCUGUUGGAAAGGUCGACAUUGCUGCGAUCAGGGCGCAGGCGAAGAAGCCUGCCGCCGUCGAGGAGCCCCAAGAGGAAGAGACACGGCCGGUUGCCGACCGUAUGGCCGCUUUCUCUCAGCCAGCUCAGUCGGAGCGUAUGACAUCUCUCCCAAAGCCCAAGGUUGCCAACAAGUUUGGAGGUGCCGCAAGCUUUUCGGGUACAAAGGCUCCCACACCUGGUGGCCUCGGCUUUGGUUCUCCUGCUGCUCCUGCGGCUCCUCCUGUAGGUGCCGCAAGCCGUACGUUUGCAGACCAAGGUGGCAAGACCCCAGCUCAGCUCUGGGCUGAGCGAAAAGCCAGGGAAAGGGGAGAAUCUGUCAGCAGCGAGACUGCUCCCACCCCUGCCUCUCCUGCUCACACUGGCAGCGCCUCGCCCGUUCAAGCCCAAAAGAGCGGAAACGAGUGGAGGAGCGGCUACGCUGGCAAGAGCUGGGCUCCUGUUCAGACUGGAGAUUACGGCCGAGGCAUUCCUGGUCAAAUUAGCCAAGAGAACACAGGCGAGCAAAACGAGGACACACCAGGUUCACCAUCUGGUGUCUCUGCUCUGCGAGACCGAUUCAAGAACACUGCUCCUAUCAGCGCGGGAGCCCCCCCUCCUCCUUCAUCCCGACCCGCAGAGGAAGAUGCUUCGCCGCCACCUGUGCCCAGUGGUCGACCUUCUGGAGGCUUUGCUCUCCCUGGACUGCCCAACCGACCAGCGCCUGCAGACGAGCAGUCGGACGACGAGCGAGAGGACCCCUCUGCCUAUGAGACCAACGCAGAGCGCGGUCGAUCUCCUUCGCCUCCCCGCGUUGCUGUUCCUGUCAGCCGCGGCCCGGUGCCUGAUGUUGGAACUCCUCCUGAGCAGCGUGCUCCUCCAUCGAUCCCCCCUAGCCAGCUUGACAUCCCCAAGGAGUCAGAUCUUGCUGAUGACAAGGAGGUUUCUUCAACUGCCCGCUUUGCCGGCGGUGCGGCUGCUGGCCUUGCUGUGGGAGCUGCCGCUGGUGUCGGAGCUGCUGCUGCUGCUGGCGCCUUGGAUCGUGAGCCCAGCCCUGAGCCUGAGCCUCGGCGCGCUCCUUCUCCUGCUCCUGCCCCUGAGCCUAUUGCUCAGCAACCUCAGGAGUCUCAUGAGUCUCAUGAGUCUCAGGGCGGUUACCGUGCUGUGAUCCAGUACGACUACGAGAAGGCCGAGGAUAAUGAGAUCGAGCUUGUUGAGGGUGACAUUGUCACCAACAUCGAGAUGGUCGAUGAGGACUGGUGGAUGGGUACCAACUCCCGUGGCGAGACCGGUCUCUUCCCUAGCAACUACGUCGAGCUGGUCGGGGACGACGAGCCCGAGCAACAAGCUGAUGUAUCGCCACCACCUCCUGCUCCCUGCGCAGCUGAGCCUGAGCCCGCUCCUCAAGCUCCGGCCGCUGCUCCGGCUGAUGCCGGCCACACAGCCGUUGCUCUCUACGAUUACGAGGCUGCGGAAGAUAACGAGCUGAGCUUCCCUGAGGAUGCCACAAUUACCAACCUAGACUUCCCAGAUGAGGACUGGUGGUUCGGCCACUACGCUGGAAAGUCUGGUCUGUUCCCCGCCAACUACGUGCAGCUCAACCAGUAA